CGUACGACAGCUCGGUGCUAUCGCAGCGCCGCGACAGUCGUGUUUACAGAUUCGCCAGUUGAGUUCCGUAACGUCACGUCAAAAAAGUGCAACACACGAAUUUCUACAACGUUUACUAUGUAAAGAUAAUGUAGGUAUAGUUUAAUAACACAAGGCCUUUAGAAUAUAAUUAUAUUUAAUGUCAGUGUAUAAGCUGGAUGCUUGUUAUUGGUGGUGUAAUCAUUGGACCAAGAGAUAUUGAGACAGUUGGGGUAUAACAAAGAGUGCAAAAUGACGAUUGCCACAAGGGGCCAGGGAGUUGGCAUAGACCCCCCCGACAGCCAGCAAAAUACACAGAUGCACAGUCCACCAGGUCCACAACAAUUGGCUGACACAAUGUCGGGACUCCAACUCACAGAGAAUGUGGUACAAACCGAGUGCAGCAAUGCUGCUAUCAUUGCAAUGGAAGAUAGCAAUCAUCUUCAUGGAGAGCCUGAUUUUCCUGUUUCCAAACUUAAUAUGCUUCAUGAAAAAAUAUCUAGUCCACGAUGGGUUGUACCAGUUCUACCCGAACAAGAAUUAGAGUGCCUGUUACAAGCCAGUAUCGAUCUUUGUAAAAAAGGAAUUGAUGUACAAAGUGAAGCGUGUCAACGCUUUUUUCGAGAAGGUCUCACAAUCUCAUUUACCAAGAUAUUAACGGAUGAUGCGGUAAACAGUUGGAAGUUAAAUAUUCACAAUUGUAUUAAUGCUAAUUGUGGACGUUUGGUGGAACUAUGUGUCCUGAAAUUAGACGAGGAUUGGUUUCCUCUACUUGAUUUACUGGCCAUGGUUUUUAAUCCUAGUAACAAAUUUCACACAUUUAAUGCAGUAAGAGUUUCAGAAACUGUUCCUCCUAGUAGUGACAUUCCUGAUGAGGAACUGUAUGCUCGUCCGCCACAGGACUCACGAAGUCCUCGUGGUUGGCUAGUAGAUCUUAUAAACAGAUUUGGAACUCUCAAUGGAUUCGAAAUUUUGCUCUCUAGAUUUCAGAGCGGACGUAAUUUAACAGUGCCAGUUAUCUAUGCUUUAAUCAGACCUUUUGGCUUAUGUCAUGAACUAUUGACUGUUCACACAAUAGUUAAAUAUCUGAUGCCUAUUGUCGAAAUGGUACCUCUUAUUUUGAAUAACUUAACUGACGAUGAGUUGAAAAAAGAAGCUAAAAAUGAAUCAAAAAACGAUGCAAUAUCAGCCAUAAUCAAAGCUGCUAAAUGCUUGGUGUCACGCGUACCUCAUCAGGAUGAGAUGAUAAAAAACUUGGAAAUACUGAGACUGAAAAUGAUAUUGAGACUCUUACAAAUUUCUUCAUUUAAUGGAAAGAUGAAUGCUUUAAAUGAAGUUAAUAAAGUAAUAUCUAGUGUUAGUUAUCAUCAACAUCGUAAUACAAUAGUGGAGGAAGAAGAAUGGCUUACAGCAGAGCGCAUGGCAAAAUGGAUUAAGGACAACGGAGUGUUGGAAAUUGUACUGAGAGAUUCAUUGCAUCAACCGCAAUAUGUAGAAAAACUGGAGAAAAUUUUACGCUUUAUUAUUAAAGAACGUGCACUUACAUUAGAAGAUUUAGACGCUGUUUGGGCAGCACAAGCUGGGAAACACGAAGCCAUUGUGAAGAACGUUCAUGACUUGUUGGCGAAAUUAGCCUGGGAUUUUAGUCCUGAACAACUUGAUCAUCUAUUUGAGUGUUUUCAGACAAGUUGGAGGACCGCCAAUAAGAAGCAACGGGAGAAACUAUUAGAAUUGAUUAGAAGACUCGCGGAGGAUGAUAAAGACGGUGUUAUGGCGCACAAGGUAUUAACACUCUUCUGGACUUUGGCUCAUUCUGAUGAAGUCCCCACGGAAAUCAUGGAUCAGGCACUGAAUGCUCAUGUAAAGAUUCUCGAUUACUCAUGCUCACAAGAAAGAGAUGCGCAAAAGACAAUCUGGCUGGAUAAAUGUGUUGAAGAGUUGAAGAAUGGUGAUAAGUGGGCCCUUCCUGCGUUGAAGCAAAUUCGUGAAAUAUGUUGCCUUUACGAACCAAAUCCCAAUAUGGGUCAUAGUCAACGUGGCCAUCACUUGCAUUACAGGCAAGAAGUAAUAGAGCGUUUACAAAACGAACAUUCGGUGGUCAUACUUGUAACAAAUAGUUUAACAAAUUAUAUGGAAAAAGUGCGACAGUUGGUAAAAGAAAAUUCUGAAAUCGACGCGAAUACUUUUAUGCCUGACGGUCGAUAUAAUCAUAUUAUGCAAAUACAAGAAAGAUUAAAUUUCUUGCGCUUCUUACUAAAAGAUGGACAAUUAUGGCUAUGUGCAGAUCAGGCAGACCAAAUUUGGCAAUGUUUAGCCGAGCAAGGUGUAUUUGUCUCGGAUCGUGAGGUGUGCUUUAAAUGGUUUUCUAAACUUAUGGGAGAAGAAUCUGAUCUAGAUCCAGCAAUAUACAAGAACUUUUUUCAAAAUAACAUAUUGCAAUUAGAUCCGACAUUGCUUACAGAAAGUGGUAUUAAAUGUUACGAAAGAUUUUUUAAAGCUGUUAAUUCUAAGGAAGGUAAAUUGAAACUGAAACGCAGAACAUUUCUCAUGGAUGAUGUGGAUUUAAUAGGGACUGAUUAUUUGUGGCGAGUAGUAACAAACAGCCCUGAAGAAAUAGCAAACAGGGCCAUAGAACUCUUAAAGGAGGUGAACACUAAUCUAGGACCACGAUUGCAAUCUUCCGUUCUGGCAUUUCAUGAAACACACAUAGCCGAAUGUAUGGACAGACUGAAAGCUCAUUAUGAUACUGUAACUGUUCUUAACAGAGUGUACUUGGAUGGAAGGGAAGAACGUGAAGAACAAGUGACAAAUAAGAUUAAAGUAGAAGCCAUGAAAAUGUGUCGUGUUAUGAAAGUUUUACAGGAAUACAUAAAUGAAUGCGAUACAGCUUUCCCAGGAGAACGGAAAAUAUUACCGUUACAUAGAGCAGCUCGUGGGAAGCAUCUAUCGCUCGUCAUACGCUUCGCAAAUCCUGGUAGAAAUGUUGAUGAUAUAGACAUUUUCACGCAUAGUAAUGACACUUUAGCUUCAUUGAGACGUCAAAUAUUACGCAGAAUUAAAGCAGCAGGAACAAACGUUAAACUUGAUUUAUUCAUUAAUGGAGAAUCCUUAGAACAAUCUGAUGAUAGAAAAUUGCUUUCCCAGAUUCCACUGAGAGACAAAAUGUUAUUGUCUGCGAAGCUCAGUCAAGUAAAUAGCAAUAUGCCAAGCUCACCGGAUAGUAGCUCAGAUAGUUCCACUAGUUCUCCACAUCAUCCAUAUGACGGACCCAAUGUAGAAGCAGAGAAUAGUUUGCCCGGUGUGGUAAUGUCGCAGAGAUCGCAGUAUGCGACAUUUUUCUUUCAGUUAGCAGAUCUUGGCUGUAGCCUUCAGCACUCGCAAUUGCGCGAUGGUGCACGAAAUCUCUUGCAAUUGGUGCCGCCAGACACUUUCACUGUAACAAGAUUACAGUGGUUGUUUGAUCAUUACAAAGAUGAUGAAGCUUUACAGAACCCCCAGAAUAACGAGCAGAAUACGACGGUAGAUUCUCUAUUUUUUACUGCAAGUCCUAGCCAAGUUUUAUACAAUUUAGAGGUGUUGUACACUUUGUUAAUGCCGGCUCUCGAUCCUACAUCCGAGAGAGCGUUUGAAUUUCAAUAUAAUUUCAUAAAAAGCGGUGAAGCGGGUGUUAUUCUCGAUAUGUUAACCAAAAACAGAUUCUUACCAAAUGCGGAUGAAACCACGAAGCGAUCCGCGUAUCUGACAGUACUGAGAUUGUGUAAACUCCUUCUGACGGUGCUAGGUAACGUGAUGGCGUGUGUGAUGGACGAGGUUCAACAAACGGGGAGUCCGGAGAAUCACGAUAAUAAUGUUAACAAUCGUGGUCCAGUGACCGUGUUGAAGCAAGCACUCCAAAGCGUGCCCAAUCAGAGCACUGAGUAUAUGCUGAGAAGCGUGGCGGCAAAAUUGGCGCAGCAUUUGGCGCAUCGAAUGCUGUCCAGCGGACCGGACGCUGAUCGGUGUCGACAGCUUUUCGUGCAGGCCUUUUCGUGGGAAUUACCGGAUGUGGCUACUAUACGUGCCAUAAUUAGACUAGCAUGGGCUGCAUCCACAGGAAACUUGAACAACAUCAACGCGUCAACUGAGGUCCUUCACUCGAUGCACGAGACCAAUCAGAAGGAACAGAGAAACCCUGACAACAACGAUGUCCUUGUAUGCAAAGAAGCAUUAGAGGUACUGACGAUCACUCUAGUACUGAAUCCGACAGCACUGGAGACUCUGUCGAGAGAGAAAAUCUGGCACACAUUCUUAAUAGAUCUUGUGCUAUUGAGUACGUCGAGGGCCAUUAGGCUCGCCGCUGCCGAACAAUUUUAUCUCAUAUCGACGUGGUGCAGUAGCGGACACCAACCGUUACUGGUCACCAUUACCCUCCUCUUCACUGUUCUGAAUACUACCGUCAUGGAGAACGCGAAACAGAGUCACGAAUAUUUUCAGCUGUUGUGUCGGCUGCUAAACUUUGCGCACAUAUCGAAUUGUCCUCUCACGACCGCGGAGACGCUACUGAAUGUUGAGAUAGCCUGGUUGAAAAAAGUCCGGGAUAACGUGAAGGAGACCGGAGAGAGUCAAGUAGAUGAAGCCGUGCUCGAAGGUCAUCUGGGUCUAACGAAAGAACUAUUAGCUUUCUUGCCACCUAGCCAAAAAUACGAACUCGGCUCCGACGAGAAGCAUGGAGUGAAUUUGAUCAAGGAAUUAGUCGAGGACUUUGUGUUUCCUGCAUCUCGCCUUAUGCUGCAGCUUCGUAGCACCGGCGAGCUGAGCGCCUCACAGGCUUGUCCUGUCUGCACCACUCCUCAAUCAACUAGCGCUGCGUUCGACUUGCUCGUAGGUCUCUGCGUAGGCUGUGUACCCAACAUGAAACUUCUAGUCACAAUGCUCACCGACAUGUUCUACUCCGAGAAAGAUGAGCCACUGGUAGAGUGGGAUUACCUACCGCCAGUGGGUCUUAGGCCACUUAAAGGCUUCGUAGGCUUGAAGAACGCAGGAGCAACCUGCUACAUGAAUUCAGUAUUACAGCAGUUGUACAUGGUGGAGAGCAUUAGGGUUGGACUCUUAUCGGCGGAGGGUGCGGCGACUGAUUUAAACGAAGAUUUCUCGGGUGAGGAGAGGAUCGAAGGUGAGCAGACGAUCGAGACAAAUGACAACGACACGAACGAGGAGAAAUGCGGUGCUGAUGAAUCCAGGAAAGAGUACAACAUCGGUAUUUUGAAGCAAGUACAAGCAAUAUUCGGUCACCUGGCUUAUAGCAAAUUGCAAUAUUACAUACCGAGAGGAUUGUGGAAACACUUCAAACUUCAAGGGGAACCUGUGAAUCUUAGAGAACAGCAGGACGCUGUAGAAUUCUUUAUGAGUCUAGUGGAAAGCCUAGACGAAGCAUUGAAAGCCUUAGGACAUGAACAAAUAAUGGGCAAGAUUCUUGGUGGCUCAUACAGCGACCAAAAAAUCUGCAAAGGUUGCCCUCAUAGAUAUUCCAAAGAAGAGCCGUUCAGUGUGAUAAGCGUGGAUAUACGGAACCACAGUAACUUAUUGGAUUCUCUUGAACAAUAUGUAAAGGGAGAGUUGCUAGAAGGAGCAGACGCUUAUCAUUGUGAUAAGUGCAACAAAAAGGUCGUAACAGUGAAGAGGUUGUGCGUAAAAAAACUGCCACCUAUCUUAGCGAUUCAAUUGAAAAGAUUUGAGUAUGACUUCGAACGUGUAUGCGCUAUAAAAUUCAAUGAUUAUUUCGAGUUUCCACGAGAUCUGGAUAUGGAGCCAUACACUGUCUCCGGUUUAGCUAAACUAGAGGGAGAAGUCAUAGAUUGCGACUACGAGGAAUCUAUAAAAGGGACAUGCACAAAAUAUCAAUUAACUGGUAUCGUGGUUCACAGUGGUCAGGCUAGCGGUGGUCACUAUUAUUCCUACAUUUUGCAUAGACAAAAUGAUGGUACCGCUAAAUGGUACAAGUUUGAUGACGGUGAUGUGACGGAAUGCAAGAUGGAGGAGGAGGAAGAGAUGAAAUCCCAAUGCUUCGGUGGUGAUUAUUUAGGAGAGGUGUUUGAUCACAUGCUCAAACGGAUGAGCUAUCGUAAACAGAAACGAUGGUGGAAUGCGUAUAUGUUAUUUUAUACAAGACUAGACGUAGAAGAGAAUUCUUUAAUGAAAAGUGUAAAUGAAUUGUCAUUGUAUACGAAACUAGGAGUUAUGAAAAUGCCACCAGCAAUAGAGUACAGUGUGCGAAAGCAAAACAUAAAAUUUAUGCACAACAGAAAUCAAUUUAGCGCGGAAUAUUUCCAAUUCAUUAAGAAAUUGGUGUCCUGCAAUCCGCAUAACAUCACCAGACAAAAUCUAAAUGAGAAAUUUAGUCCUGAAGCGGAAGAACUGUCGAUGCUAUCGAUUCAGCUAGCAUCAAGAUUCCUCUUCUAUACAGGUUUUCACACUAAGAAAACUCUACGCGGCACUGCUACGGAUUGGUACGACAUUGUAUGCCAUCAUCUGCGUACCAGUAAAGCAGUGCGUUCUUGGUUUGCCAAUGAAGUACUAUUUAAUCAUCCGCAUAGAUUCUGCGAGUAUCUUCUCAGCUGUCCUAGUACGGAAGUACGAACAGCUUUCCUCAAAAUUUUGGUAUUCCUCGCGCACGCUUCUCUACAAGACGGUCCAUGCGCGCCGCCCAGCCUAAAUGCGCCGACUAUACUCUUGGACCCAGUAGCGACGCUCAGUGAUCACUUGUUACAUGCGGUGCUCUCAUUGCUCCACCGCGAAAUCUCAGAUCAUGGGCGUCAUCUUCCCAAUUACUUCUCCCUAUUUCAUGCGUAUGCUUCGCUUGGUCUUGCCGAGAAGGCACAGUUGCUUAAGCUAAAUGUACCCGUGACCUUCAUGUUAGUCGCAAUCGAUGAAGGACCGGGUCCUACCAUAAAGUAUCAGUAUCCCGAAUUGACAAAAUUGCACCAGGUAGUUAGCAUGUUGAUACGAUGCUGUGAUGUGUCGUCGAAAACGCACUCGAGUCAUACACAAUCGCGCGUGGAACCUUUACCAAAUCCAUACGGAGAUCCCGCGUGUCAGUCGGAAUAUCUUAUGCCCAUCCAACCACAAGCAGCUGAUAUACUCUUUAUCCGCACCAGUUACAUCAAGAAAGUGAUCGAAGAUGCGAACGUGACAGAAGAUUCUGUUAAGUUACUUCAAUAUUGCUGCUGGGAGAAUCCACAUUUGUCACGAACGGUGCUGUACGAGUUAUUGUGGCAAAUAGGAUUUGCCUAUACCCACGAGCUGAGACAUCACACGGAUCUGCUGCUCGCGAUAUUGCUGAUGGAAGAUUCAUGGCAGACACACCGUGUACACAAUGCACUUAAGGGACUUCCGGAGGAUCGCGAAGGUUUAUUUGAUACAAUAACACGAAGUAAAAAUCACUACCAGAAAAGGGCUUAUCAGUGUAUUAAGUGCAUGGUGCAGCUCUUUAGUAAGUGCAGACCUGCACAUCAACUGUUACAUCAUAGUCCAGAUCUAAAAAGGAAAUGGAGUCAAGCCAUAGAUUGGCUUCAUGAUGAACUUGAUAAAAGACCAUAUGCUUCUGCGGCGCCCUAUACUCAUGCGUACAAUAAUUGGUCUCCAACGGCACAAUCGAACGAUUCCGCAAACGGUUAUGUUUUGGAGCGUAGCAACAGUGCGAGAAAGACAUUAGAACGGGCGUGCGAAUUAUGUCCUGACGAGGAGCCAGAAGUUGAAGAAACGAGCGAGGAAUGCGCAGAGGAAGCUGAAAAAUAUCAACAUACGUCUCAAUCUACGUAUACGUAUCAAUCUAUUAAUUCAUCAAAAUUUCAACCAGUCGAACGAUUUCGAACAAAGAAACGUAAUAACAGAAGCUUAGGAUGGGCAUCGAUGGAGUACCCUGACUUUAGUGUAAUCCAACAAAUGCAAGAAGAACAGCAGCCUCAGCCAGGCCCUUCGCCGGUUCACACGCCCCACUUAGCACAUCAGCUGCAUAGUCCGCAGAACUGUGAGUCGUCACAAAGUACCAGCCAGGAUCCAUAAUGAACGCUGAAUACUGACGUUCUGCCAAGUUGCUGCCUCAGUGAAACGAUUUCGGAAUACUUAGAUAUUACUGCGCCAGCAGCUUGGUGCCGGGCGGUAGCAACACAUGUACAGAUAUAACAAGUGAGGGUUUGUCUUUUUUUUAGCGAUCGGUCUUUAACGAACUCAUGCUAAUCUCUUAGUUUCACUGUGGGUAGUUACUUUGAUAAUAUGACGCGCUAUGAAUGUUCGAACUGCAAUGAGGAAACGGAAUGGGAGACGAUUCCGACUGAGAACUGAAUUAACGCAUGCUGGUUGAGGCAAUCAAUUUUCGACGAUAUCUUUUUUCUCUCCUUAAUCUCCAUGCCAUCAUUCAUUUUGUUCGUGUACCCCGACGACUGUUUGGCUUCCAAUUCUAAAAAUGGUAAUUCGAUAAGAAAUACGCUCUCCUCAUCGAGUGAUCAAUAAAGUAAUGAAUAUAGCUAAGGGUUUCAUUUGCCUCGAUUACAUGCAUGUGAAUUCAAAGCUUAGGAGUAUCAUAAGAUUGUAUAAAUGUAUAGUGAGUAGUGUUACGGAAUCCCGUUCUCUGCCGACUAGAAGACAAAAGUAUAAAUCAUAAUUUUCCGUAUGCCUAUGUAAAUUUGUUACUAAUAAAAAAAAAGAAGAAGUUAAAAUGGAACUUUCUAAUGAUCGAAAAAUACGACUAAGAGAAAAAAAAUAAAAAAAAGAAAAGUGGGCUAGUAUGUUCUCAUCUCAUUCAGAGAAAGCACAGUUAUUGAAGCUAUGCUCUAACAUAUAUAAAUAAAGUAGCUAUGCUAUAUACAUAGCUAUACAUAGCUUUUGCUAUUUAGUCUUUUAACAACAAUAAAAGAAUCUUUCUUGUACUUAAUAAUCUCGAGCAUUCUGGAAGAAAGACACUUAUCGGCGGCCUGCCGUGCUGUUAAAUCUCACCAUACGCCAAUGAUGCCUCCUAUUGUGCUUUCUUUCAGUUCGACCGAUUUGAAAGAGUUGUGCCUUCGACAUUGUGCGACUCCAUUGUACUUUUAGGUAGAUAUUUAAGAAUCAAGUUGUUGCUUCAAAUUUGAUUGCUUAUAUUUCGCUUGUUGAGUUGACUAUAAAAAAAAAAUGAAAGAAAAGCGGGAACAGAAAAGGGAACUUGACAGAGAACGCGUGAGAUUCGAUGAGAGAUAUAUAUCGUUGACGAGAGAUCGACCGUUGGAGCAUAUUUCGGAGCCCGAAACGAGGUUGCGGCGGGCGUCUAUCACUCUAUUUCAUCAUGACCACGUACACGACGUUAAACACGACAUCGAGUUGCCAUUAUCGGUUAUGGGCAAUCGCGUAACCAAAAAGAAAGAAGUGACACUGGCCCCAUCCGGAGUUUAAAUUUUUACGGAUAAAAGGAAUUGAAACAAGCGUGACGACAAUGACGCGAGGAGAAUACACAGAACAAACAAAUACUAAUUUAUAUCGUUGUAACGAUAUACGAUCCACAUCGUUGAUAGAGCUGUGGUCUUUUCGCAAAGAAAAGAUAUAUAUGUAUAUUGUGAAAGCAAAUAUUCGUGAUCAUCCAUCGAUUAUUGCGCGAUCAAAACUGUAGACAGAUACUGUUUCUUGAUAAUCGUUUGGCACAUAUAAAUCGACGUAACGGGCAAGUAUUCUACGAGAGGACGUGACUAUGCGACCAACGACUCUCGAAUUUAAUUGAACUGGCCAUAGCUCUGACUUAUUUAAAUAACAUGUAUUAUAUAGAUACAUAUUAUAUAAAAGUAAUCUUAAAAUGAGGAAAAAAAGAGAAAUAAGGUCACAUGUGUAACGUGGAAUAAGCGGCGAGCCGUGUGUAUACAUAGGAAUUCGUGCGAAAAACCAACGACUAUGUCAAGACACCAGGAAAAAAUCGACAUAUUGAUUAUUAUUGUUCGUAUUUAUCGAAUAACCGAGUUAAACAGUGUACCAAAUUAUAUAAUAGCUUCUAUCAGUUUAAUAAUAAUGGUACCUAAUCUUACUCAGAUAUGUACAUAUACAACCGCUUUUUAUAUGUGAUAAAAAAUUAUUAUAUUCCUAUUAUAUAUUGAGAUUUAGAGAAAAACGCUAUUGUAAAUCCUGGUUUUUGUACACAGAAUGUAUACUAAGUUCAUUUUUGUUAUAACACGAAAUGUAGUCUAUAAUUAUUUAAUAUUUAAUUGUAUCACACUGAGAAAUAAGCGUAUGAUAUCAUGUACGAUACUUGAUUUCUUUUCUUUUCUUUUUUUUUUUAAUUACUUAUCUGAGAGAAAGAUAGAGUGAAAGAAAGAGAUAGAGGAAAAGAAAGACGGUCUCAAACUGGAAGUGUCAUGAUACUAGUGUCAUUUAUCUUAUGCGUGGUAGAGAUAAGAGAGACACAAAAUGUGUGACAGCUGAGCACAUUGUUCUAAUUAACAAUAGAUAACGUCAAAGUGUCGUUUUUGCCAUCGUAUGAGAUAGCGCUCAGUGUCACCGUAUAAAGAAAACAAGCAAAGAUAAUGAUUGCAAAGAACAAUGAUUGCGACGGAAUGUCAUUUUCUUGUGUACACAGUCGGAUACCAAUAGCGGUAUAAUUUCGUCGAUCUCGUAUCUCCGAUGUUACAAAUACACGUGAAUCAUCACCGUGCUUGUUAGAGUACGGAAAAAAAUAGUACGCCCAUAUACGGUUGGCCCACACAUUAAUCUAAUUGUGCCAAUCAGGUUCAAUAUUGAAUUUUGUUGACACAACCAGAUUUGUUUUUUUCCGUGUGGGAAUGAGAAUGCAACAAUUGACGCGAUUAUUUUCUUUUACGUACGUGUAACAUUGAAAAAAUCGAUCUCGUCGAUGUUAUACCGAUUCCCUGAUGGUUGUAUGCGAGAUAAGAAAAGUGAGGAGAGAACGGGGAUCGUGCACAAUCUUUACAGCGUGAGUGUGUAUGUAUGUGCGCGUGUGUGUGAUCCCAACGCGGGUGAAACCGAAGAAUAAUUAAAUUUACUGUUAGCACGUUGCGUAAUACGUCGGCGGAGGUAGCCGUUGCGAUUGUUACAUUCAUUUCAAGAGUACGAGGGUCAUCGGACAGAAAUCAAAAAGCUCAAAGGCAAAUGCGUGGACUGUGUCGUGCACCGGCUCGUUGUAAAGACGCGUGAAAGAGAGAGAGGGAGAGAGAGAGAGAGAGAAAAAGCAAGAAACAAAACUUGUAUGCGGAUCACACGCGAAACUGGAAGUAGCGUCGUCAUUCUUGAGAUCUUACGCAGUUAACUCUCGUAAACGUAUAGCAAAGAAAAACGAAAAACUGACAAAAAAAAGAUUCUAUCUCAUCGAUGUCUCUUUAGUUCUAGUUCUAAAGGUAAUUUUAUGUAUUUAGCGCGAAUGACGCUCUAGUCAGUAAAAUUACGAAUAAACGAAAGGAGAUUAA